AUGGGAAAAGGAGAUUGCCAAACAUUAUUUAGUGAUCAGGGUGUUAUCGCACAUCUAUGGAAAGAUUCUAAAGAGGUUUUGAUUCUUUCAAGAUGUCACAAAGACGAAAUGGGAACCGUAGAAAGACGCCAACAAGCCGGAACCAAAAUUAACGUGCCCUGUCCGGAAGCUAUAAAAGCAUAUAAUGGAUGUAUGGGUGGUGUUGAUCUUUCAGAUGAAAUGUCUGUUAUAUGA